AUGCACUUACUGGCUUGGCAGAGAGUUUGUCGUCCGAAAGGAGAUGGUGGCUUGGGGAUCGUCGCCUCUGCAGAAAUGAACACAUCACUUGUAGCUAAAGUGGGUUGGCGUCUUUUGCACGACGAAACGAGCUUAUGGGCACAGGUGGUGCGGCACAAGUACAAGGUCGGUGAUGUUCAUGACAGCUCUUGGUUGAGAGUCAAGAGCAACUGGUCGGUGGUAUGGAAGAGUAUGAUUACAGGCUUGAGGGAAGUGGUGUUUCAAGGCCAGAGCUGGGUCGCGGGAGAUGGUCGGCGGAUCUGUUUUUGGACUGAUAAGUGGCUCACGGAUCAGCCUUUGGAGGCUUUCGCUGUUUCAGAGUUGCCUGCGAAUUAUGAAUUGUGCACGGCCAGAGACCUCUGGAGUCAUGAGACAGGAUGGCGUUUUGAUCAUAUCGCCCCAUAUGUUCCGGAAAAUAUUUGUCUGGAGUUGAGAGCCAUAGUGUUGGACUGUGAUACAGGGGCGAAGGACCGGCUAUCGUGGAGCGCUAGUGCGGAUGGCCAAUUCUCAGUCAAGUCAGCGUUCUCACUAUUAACCAAUGACGCAACACCUAGGCCGGAUAUGGAGGUGUUCUUUAGGCGGGUAUGGAAGAUUCGGGUUCCUGAGAGGGUCAAAGUUUUUCUUUGGUUAGUGAGCCACCAAGUGAUAAUGACAAACGUGGAGAGGAAGAGAAGGCACCUCUGUGACUCGGAAGUGUGCUCGGUAUGCAGAGGAGGUUUUGAAACAAUAAUACAUGUUCUGCGUGACUGUCCGUCGAUUUUGGGGAUCUGGAACAGAAUAGUUCCAGCGCUGGUAAGGCGAGAUUUCUUCUUUAAAUCGCUGCUGGAAUGGUUGUUUGACAAUUUACAGGAGGAUCCUGCGGAUAAUGUAACCCCAUGGACAAUCACCUUUGCCAUGGCAUGCUGGUGGGCUUGGAAGUGGAGGUGUGGGAACGUGUUUGGUGAAAAUAGGAGAUGCCCAGACCGAGUGCAGUUUAUCAAAGAUUUCGCGAGAGAAGUGUGGACGGCGAACAAGAGGGUUGCGAACCAGAGUAGCGGAGCAGCACGUGAGGAAAGACAGAUAGGUUGGCUUCCACCACCAGGUGAUUGGUUUAAACUCAACACUGAUGGGGCAUCUCGGGGAAAUCCUGGCCUAGCUACAGCGGGUGGAGUGUUAAGAGACGCUGAGGGACGCUGGUGUAGAGGUUUUAUACUCAACAUUGGUCGUUGCUCGGCACCAUUGGCAGAGUUGUGGGGUGUGUACUAUGGCUUGGUCAUGGCCUGGGAACAAAGGUGUUUGAGAGUUGAGUUGGAGGUUGAUUCAGAGCUGGUAGUAGGUUUUCUUCAGACAGGGAUAAGUGACACACAUCCCCUGUUCUUCCUGGUACGACUGUGCCAUGGCUUGAUCGCAAAGGACUGGUUAGUCCGAGUCUCACACGUGUAUAGGGAGGCCAAUUGUCUUGCGGAUGGAUUGGCGAACUAUGCAUUUUCGUUUCCUCUAGGUUUUUCAUAUUUUGAUGUUGUUCCUUUUGAAGUUGCUUCUUUGUUUGAGGCGGAUGUACUUGGGUCGACAAGACCAAGAAGAGUUCGCAUGUAG